AUUUAAAAACCCUUAAAAAAGUCUUGCCAAACGAAACCUUUAGCUAAUAUUGUAUUGCUAAACUCUUUUUGAAGCUUAUUUAAAAGUCAUAUUUUAUCCCAAAAAUAAAAAUAAAAGGGAUACCUUUCUUUAUUCCCCAAGUCAGAAUUACAGUUGGGUGUUUUGUCAACUGUUGUUUCCUUCCUUCCACUUCAUAAUCGUUGUUGUCUAUAGCGCAAGAAAAGAACAUCAGAAAUGUCAUAGGUUAAGGAAAAACAUCUCUAUAUAACAAUUUAAUAGCUACUCAAUACUUAUUUUCAUCUAACAAGUCAAGAAAACCCAACAGAAUCAAUUAACUUUUGUGUUGUAUAAAUAAGAUUAAUUACUUUUUCAAUGACUUUUUGAAUACCCAUUUCUGGAAAAUAUAAUCUAAAUCAUUUUCUGUCUAAAAUUAAGAGACAAGAUUUUUCCUUUUUAAGUUGCAAUUAAGGGGCACAAAAACUGAGGAAAAUGAUGCGAAGAAAAGAGAUGAACUAUGAUAUGUUAUGGUGUUUAAUGUUACUGCUUUUGGGUACAAUUUCAUUAUCAGAAAGUUAUAAUAAUUAUGAAAAACAGCCUUAUUAUUAUAGGGGUCGUCCAAUGUUUUUAGGUUCAUCUUCAGCUCAUCAGAUGGUUUCGUCUGUUAUUCUUCCCAUUUAUGGCAAUGUUUAUCCUCGAGGAUUUUACUAUGUACCGGUUCUUGUAGGAGAUCCUCCAAGACCCUUCUUUCUCGAUCCGGAUACUGGCAGUGAUCUCACUUGGCUACAAUGUGAUGCGCCUUGUGUCCGUUGUACUAGGGCUCCUCAUCCUCUUUAUAAGCCCAGCAAUGACCUAAUAACCGCAAGAGAUCCCCUCUGUGCGGCUGUUCAACCCGAGUAUUAUAAAUGUGAUAGCCCUGAUCAGUGUGAUUAUGAGGUUGAGUAUGCAGACGGAGGUUCAUCUCUUGGUGUUCUCGUAAGAGAUAGCAUGCAUUUCAACCUCACUAAUGGACACAGACAAAGUCCUCGUGUCGCAAUUGGAUGUGGAUAUGAUCAAAUCCCUGGAUCAUCUCAUCAUCCCUUGGAUGGGAUCCUUGGUCUUGGCAGAGGGAAAGCCAGCAUCGUCUCACAACUAAGUGAUCAGGGUUUAACCAGGAAUAUUAUCGGUCACUGCUUGAGUCCACGAGGAGGAGGCUAUAUCUUUUUCGGAGAUCAAGUUUAUGAUGCUUCACGUAUGGUUUGGACAAAUACAACUCAAGGUUACACGAAACAUUAUUCACCUGGAUUUGCAGAACUCUUGUAUGGUCACAGAACUACCGGAGUUGAAAAUCUUCUUGUAAUUUUCGAUAGUGGGAGUUCUUACACAUACUUUACCUCUCAAGCUUAUCACAUUCUUGUGUCUCAGCUGAUGAGAGACUUGCGCAAAACAUCUUUAAAAGAUGCAACUGAUGAUGACACACUUCCAGUAUGCUGGAAAGGUAAAAGGCCGUUCAGGAGUAUUCGCGAUGUAAGAAAGCACUUCAAGCCUUUAACUCUAAGCUUUGGAGAUGGAAGCAGAUAUGCUGCUCAUUAUGAAUUCCCUCCUGAGAAUUACCUUAUUAUAUCAAUGAAAGGCAGCGUCUGCUUGGGAAUUCUUAAUGGUACUGAAGUUGGAUUGCAGAAUUACAACAUUAUUGGAGAUAUAUCAAUGCAAGAUAAAAUAAUUGUUUACGACAACGAGAAGACUAUGAUCGGAUGGGGAUUAGCAAACUGCGAAAACAUUCCCAAGGGGAGGGCAGCUAGUUUAUGAAGAUUGUCUUUCUAGAUAUCAUCUAUUUCAUCUAUUAGUUCACAGAUAAUACAUAAAUUAGAAUAAUAUAUAGUCAUGUAUAGUAUUGUCAUAGACUCAUAGUAUUAACAUUAAUGUUGGAUUGAAAACACACUUUCUUUUCAGGAUUGGAUUCAUGUUAAAAGAGAUUAAAAAAUAAAAUUAAUUAUGUAGUUAAAG